AUGAAUUUUUUUUUUCAGGUAUUCGCAGCAUCAGCAAUACGUGGCUUAAGGUUUUUUCAAAUUUUACGAAUGUUACGCAUUGAUCGACGUGCAGGGACAUGGAAAUUAUUAGGCUCCGUUGUUUGGGCACAUCGACAGGAGCUUCUCACAACUUUGUACAUUGGUUUUCUUGGGCUUAUUUUUUCAUCUUUUCUUGUUUACUUAUGCGAAAAAAGCACAAAUGAAAAAUAUUCAACAUUCGCAGAUGCUUUGUGGUGGGGAGUGAUAACUUUAUCAACGGUUGGUUACGGUGAUAAAACGCCCGAGACUUGGCUUGGCAAAGUAAUCGCAGCUUUCUGUGCUCUCGUUGGCAUUUCUUUCUUUGCUCUUCCUGCUGGCAUAUUGGGUAGUGGAUUCGCACUAAAAGUUCAACAACAUCAACGACAGAAGCACUUAAUUCGACGCCGAGUACCUGCAGCACGUCUUAUUCAAUGCAUGUGGCGACAUUAUGCAGCAACGCCAGAAAGUUGUUCUGUUGCCACGUGGCGUGUUCACUUGGCUUCUUUUACUGGCUCAUCAAAGUAUGCUUACUUUCUCUCUUAAUU